AUGGUGCUCUGUCGCAUACGACUGAACUGCCUGGAUCACUAUCAAGCCUACCCUGGACCUCUCGACCCUCCACUAUGGGGUGAUCCAUCAUUGCUGUCGCAAAGGAACCUCCCCCAAGUUCCUGUAGUCAGAGUGUUCGGCGCAACCGAGACUGGCCAGAAGGUCUGUCUACACAUCCAUGGCGCAUUCCCAUAUCUCUACAUCGAAUACUCCGGCUCCCUCGAUCGCACCUCCAUCGACGAGUACAUCGCAGCCCUUCGGCUAUCUAUCGAUCAUGCUCUCGCCGUCUCAUACAGGAGAAACACAGCAGAUGCCAAAGCUAUCUUUGUCGCACACAUCAGCCUUGUAAAGGGUGUUCCAUUCUUUGGCUACCAUGUCGGCUACAAAUACUUCCUGAAGGUCUAUCUUCUGAACCCUGCAAACAUGACUCGCCUGUCCGAUCUGCUUCACCAAGGUGCCAUCUUGAAGCAAGUCUUCCAGCCCUACGAGAGCCACCUGCAGUUUCUUGCUCAAUGGAUGUGCGACUUCAAUCUGUACGGCUGCAACUAUAUCGACACAGACAACCCCUUCUUCCGCGAUCCAGUCCCAGAUGUGGCAGAUCUCGUGAAUCCCUACCACGAGUGGCACGAUAGAUCUAUUCCCGACUCGCAACGACUCAACGUCGAUCAGUUUCAACGCCAGAGCCAUUGUAGUGUCGAGAUAGAUAUCCGUGUUCAAGACAUCUUGAACAGACACGAAGUCAAGGAUAGAUCGUUACACCAUGACUUUGUCGAACGCCUGAACCAUCUGGCACCCGAGGAAAAGUUUGUACAGUCUAUGGCUGGUUUGUGGAGGGACGAAACAAUCAGGCGGAAGAAACGCAUGGGUAUCACAGAUCCUGGCAGCAGUCCAUUUCCACCAGAAGUUCUCGUCUCCAUGUCGCAUGAUCCAAGAAACACUGAAAAUGGUGGGUGGAUACACGAGGAAGAGUUUCGAAAGAUGGUAGAAGAGCUUGCCAAGGACGAACGACAGAGGAUGGGCGGAGACGUCCCCUCAUUCGACACCUUUGUCAAGCCUCGUGGAGAAGACUCUCCGGUACAAACUGCACUUGAAAGUGUUGAAGAGCUCUUUCACGAAAAAUGGCAAUUCGCGUCAACCGAUGCGCCCAAAAAUCUUACUCAAAGACUCGCUGAAGAAGGUCUCGAUUCUGGAGAUGCUCUUGUAGACGAGUCUAGCAUCCUGCAGCUCGCAUCGGACGACCAGUCGUAUGAGUCUGAUGAAGAACUUGCUCGCGAGAUCGCCUUGACCCAGGCCCAGCAGCCAAACGAUAAUGCCGCACCAGACGUCGAAGCUGAUGAUGAGACUCGUCCUGAUACCAAUGACUAUGCUCAGCAGUUUCUUGAUCCCCUGGACUCCAUGUCUACAGCUUCCCGACCUCGGAGUUCCCAGCCGACAAACGACGGAGAACCACCUGUCCCUGCACCUAUAGCACCGGCCGUCGAAGCUCAGCAGGGCAAAAAGCGCCAGCUGCUCGAUGGAGAGGCAUCUGUCAAACGUCGAAAAGUGGUCGGCUUCGCGGAGGGUCCUCAAGCACCUCCACCUGAUGAGGCUGGACAAUCUAGACGCACGAAUUUCAGAGUCAAGGAUUGUGUGACCACUUCCCAGAUCAUGGCGGACGUUGAGGCUGAUCAAGGAAGUGACUUGCUCCAUGAUCUCCCUCCUGCCUCUACACAACUACCGAAUAGUCAGGAACACAAUAAGAGGAGAAUCUCGCAAUCUUAUCCGGCUGUGAAGAAUCCACAUGACCCUGAUACUAUGCUGCGUCUCAGUCAGAGAGACGAUAUGCCUAGGCAGAAAAAUCUGACCACGCUUGCUAAGUCAAGCCAAAUUCAGCGUCAUGACUUCUCUUCCUCGUCUUGGAGUAGAUCAAAGUACACAGCCAACGCCACUCCAUCGAAACAGACUGUUAUUUCUCCAGCCGCGAGAAAGCUAGCGAUUAAUUAUUGCAAGAGUUUCGGUUAUGGCGCUAAUGGCGUUGUCAUUCUUGGUCAGACACCGCCCAAAAGAGCAGAAGUCUCAGCUACAAUGAUCGAGCAUGGGGUACCACCAGUGAUCUAUCAAGAUGCAUACUACAGUGAUGAACAAGACGUGCCUGAGCGUUCGAGAGAGUAUGCUGGUGAAGAGUUCAAGCUUGAGAGCAGCACUGUCCCCUUUCUGCCUGACUUUGACCCUACCGGCGAGUCAGAUGCUUCGAGAGGAGCCAAAGUUCCAAUCGUUCUCGACAAAGCCAAGGAAGAGCUGGAACAUCAGGCUCGACGGAAAGAUUGUUUUCUCCAACGCUGGGAGAUCGAAGCUCGUCCACCAUCUUUCUCAGAAGUAGACAGAUGGCUACAAGCGAAGUGUCCGACCGUUGAAGACGCUCCUGAUCAAGACGAUGGUGAAGUUGAUCAUCCUCUGUCUCAGCAAGACUUUCUCAAGCGCACAAAACCAAUGCUGUCGCAGAUCGAAGGUCCAACUCAGAGGAACGAACAUGGUUUCAAGUUUUCUCAAAAGAAGAAGUCGACAAGUGUGCAACAUGAAGUACAAUACAUGUCUACUAUGAGUCUUGAAGUACAUGUCAACUCUCGAGGUGACCUGGCUCCCGAUCCUGAGCAUGAUGAGAUUUCAUGCAUCAUCUGGUCAUUGAAGGCUGAUGACACAGACCUUGUUGGUAACGCUGGACAUGACGACAAGUACGUGGGAGUCAUCGUGCUGUCUACCGAAGGAGAUCUGACUGAACGUAUGCGAAAGUCAGUCGGUGUUGAUGUCGAGGAAGAGGACAACGAGCUCGAUGUUCUGAACCGCCUGGUUGAUAUUGUUCGCGAAUACGAUCCGGACAUUCUCACUGGUUACGAAGUGCACAACUCUUCGUGGGGGUACUUGAUUGAACGUGCUCGUCUGCAGUACGAGUUUAAUCUGUGUGAGGAGCUGUCUCGUGUCAAGUCCCAAUCUCAUGGUCGCUUUGGUAAAGAUGCCGACAAGUGGGGCUUUGAGCAUACCUCGACGAUUCGCAUUACUGGCAGACACAUGAUAAAUAUCUGGCGGGCUAUGCGAGGUGAACUGAACUUGCUGCAAUACACCAUGGAGAAUGUCGUGUUUCAUCUUCUCCACAAGCGUAUUCCACACUAUUCCUUUGCGGACUUGACAACAUGGUACAAGAGUGCAAAGCCUCGAGAUCUAGCCAAAGCAUUGGACUACUUCAUCACCCGUGUUCAGCUUGAUCUGGAGAUCUUGGACGCAAACGAGCUCGUGCCUCGCACGUCUGAACAAGCUCGGUUACUUGGUGUCGACUUCUUCAGCGUCUUUAGUCGAGGCUCUCAGUUCAAAGUCGAGUCGCUCAUGUUUCGUAUCGCUAAACCAGAAUCUUUCGUGCUGGUCUCCCCAAGUCGAAAACAAGUUGGUCAACAGAAUGCUCUUGAAUGUUUGCCGCUGGUCAUGGAGCCACAAAGUGCUUUUUACAACAGCCCGCUACUUGUACUCGACUUCCAAAGUCUGUACCCGAGUGUGAUGAUUGCAUACAACUAUUGUUACUCUACGUGUCUUGGUCGUAUCACACCAUGGCGAGGUCAGAACAAGAUGGGCUUCACGGACUUCAAACGUGAUCCUGGUCUGCUUGAUCUCGUCAAGGACAAGCUGAACAUUUCUCCAAACGGCAUGAUGUACGUCAAGCCAGAGAUGCGCAAGUCAUUACUGGCAAAGAUGCUGGGCGAGAUCUUGGAAACCAGAGUUAUGGUCAAGUCAGGCAUGAAAGUAGACAAGGACGACAAGACACUGCAACAACUUCUCAACAACAGACAACUCGCCUUGAAGUUGAUUGCGAACGUGACGUACGGCUACACAUCUGCCUCCUUCUCUGGCCGCAUGCCUUGUUCCGAAAUCGCAGACUCCAUUGUCCAAACCGGCAGAGAAACUCUCGAAAAAGCCAUCGCACUCAUUCACGCAACCUCAAGAUGGGGAGCUGAAGUCGUCUACGGCGACACUGAUUCACUAUUCGUGUACCUCAAAGGCCGCAGCAAAGACGAAGCCUUCAUUAUCGGCGAUGAAAUCGCAAAAGCGGUCACAGACCUCAAUCCUCGGCCCAUCAAACUCAAGUUUGAAAAAGUAUAUCAUCCCUGCGUGUUGUUGGCCAAGAAACGCUACGUGGGCUUCAAAUAUGAGCAUCCUUCUCAAACCGAACCAGACUUUGACGCCAAAGGCAUAGAAACAGUACGCAGAGACGGCACACCCGCCGAGCAAAAAAUCGAGGAAAAAGCACUGAAACUGCUCUUCCGUACAUCCGACCUCUCGCAAGUAAAACACUACUUCCAAUCCCAAUGCCACAAAAUCAUGACCGGCAAAUUCAGCAUCCAAGACUUUUGUUUCGCCAGAGAAGUCAAAUUGGGCACGUAUUCAGACAAAGGACCUGCUCCNCCCGGCGCCCUCAUAGCAACCAAACGCAUGCUCAAAGAUGCUCGCCAGGAACCACAAUACGGAGAACGCGUGCCUUAUGUCGUCGUCGCCGGCGGCCCUGGCGCAAGACUCUUCGAACGCUGUGUCGACCCUUCCACCCUUCUAUUCGACGAACACGCAGAACUCGAUGCCGAGUACUACAUUACCAAAAACUUGAUCCCGCCUCUCGAGCGCAUCUUCAAUCUCGUGGGCGCAAAUGUGCGUGCUUGGUAUGAGGAGAUGCCCAAAGUCCAACGAGUGCGCAGUGUUGGCGCUGGAGGUGUUGCAGGAAACACAAAGGCCAUACACAAGACCAUGGAGAGUUAUAUGCAAAUCUCCACUUGCGUAGUCUGUCGCAUCAAACUCUCGCCCCCAGCUCCCGGAACCAUCUCCCUCCCUCUAUGCGCAAACUGUGCCACAACACCCGCAUUGACGCUUUUCGCCCUGCGCAACAAACUUCGCGUCGCCCAUGCCAAAAAAACGGAUCUGGAUAUAGUGUGCAGGAGUUGUGCUGAUGUUUCUGUGGGCGACCAAGUCAAAUGCGACAGUAGAGAUUGUCCAGUCUUUUACAGUAGAGUAAAAGCUAGUGCGAAAUGGAAGGUUGAAAAGGAGAGACUGGAAGGUGUCAUUGAAGCGAUAGAGAAGGCAGAGGAGAGGAGUGUUAGAGAUAUCUUUGAGUGGAACACGACUUUUGGUGAACGAUUAUUCUUGAAGCUGUCGGGUGGGAAACCAGCUCACUUGACGACACCCAACGCGUCAACAGUUUUCGCUUUCGCAACACAAUCUCAAUCGAAGAACACAGAGCAGAGCGUGCACUCGAACAUCACACUCCAAGUCAAGGAUAACUUUCUUGACCAGAAACCGCAAUCUCUCGCAACAACAAUCGAAUCUCUCCGUAAGCAAUCGUCCAAGGGUGAUGACAAACCGAGUGAGGCUAGCAGCUCGUCAACGGCAAUGUUUGGUCUAUCUACUGCGCCUGCAAGUCCACAGCCCGAGGACGCACAGGAAACAAACGUGCAAAAGACGCAGUCAACCAAAUCUUGCUUGUCAAUAUCGGAUCCUGUUCGGUCACAAAUCGCAAAGAGCACCAUUGGCAAAAAAUCCGCGCCCACGAAGGAGAAACAGCUUCAUGACGACGUGAGCCAGCAAUAUCAAUCAAUCACCUUCAAGAAAUCGCUCAAGGGUUUCUCGUUAGAGGAGCUGAGAUUGGCCGAUGACAACAAGUUGUAG